AUGGUAUUAAGAGGUGGAACAAUUCCGGCUCCCGUCCACGCCCCGUGGGGAGGUCGACUCGAGGAGGGUAACAACAGGGGUCCCGCGCCUCCACGGAGGGGUCAGAGUGGGUUCUGGUCGGGGCCACUGGCCCUUCUGCAGAGAUCUGGACACAUCAAAGGAGCCAAAUACACCGGACACCACAGUGCCUUUGGCUGCCCGUACUCAGACAAUAAUGUGCGUAAGGAGGUGGUGCUUCCUGAUAGGCUGGGAGGAGAGAGAGUCGUUACCCUUGUACCUGUCAUCAUGUAUCACCACGGCAACCAGUCAGACAGGUGUGUUCAGAUGAAGACGGAGCACAGAGACGAGACUUUGGUGCUUCCUCUGGGAAAGAGAAGAAGACAGAUAGACAGACUGUCCCAACCAACCAAAUUCCUCCGUGUGAAACAGGAAGAGGAGGAGCUUCACAUCCGAGCCGUCGGCCCAGCAGCAGACUCCAGUCUCCAGGCCGUCCUCCACCAGUCUGUCUUCCUGUCGGCCAUGUCUGCGCAGCCCGGCCGCGACCUGUCGCUCUGCUGGGAGCAACACCGCAAACUUCUGCCGGGUGUCGUCGGACUCCACGCCGCAACCGUCCAACAGUGGAACGUCCAGCAGGUUUCAGACUUCAUUGAGUCUCUUCCAGGCUGUGAGGAACAGGCCAACCAGUUCAGAGACGAGCAAAUCGAUGGGCGGGCCUUCCUUCUGCUCACCCAACGGGACAUCAUCAGGAUCAUGUCAAUCAAACUUGGUCCCGCCCUCAAAAUCUACAACUCGAUCCUGAUGUUCAAACACGCCGAGGAGAGGAGCCAAUUGCACGCCGAGGAGAGGAACCAAUCACACGUCGAGGAGAGGAACCAAUCACACGUCGAGGAGAGGAACCAAUCACACGCAGAGGAGAGGAACCAAUCACACGUCGAGGAGAGGAGCCAAUCACACGCCGUGGACAGGAAUCAAUCACACUCCGAGGAGAGGAUCCGAUCACAUGCAGAGAACAGGAGCCAAUCACACGCCGAAGAAAGGAGCCAAUCACACGGCGAGGAAAUUGCUGUUCUAUAGGAGAGGCUUCAUUCCCUAUCUAAUCAUCAAACAGAUUUCAAUUUAUGAUGUACACCUAUAACCUCACGUGUUUGUCGGUCAUAUGACGACAGGUUUCAUCACAAAGAAGAAAACAAGAAAUGCAGAAAAAGUAUAGAUUUUGUCGUUUUGUUGUCACCUGAGAACACCUGAGCUCCGCCUCUUUGUGGAGGGGCGGGGCUUAAUGCAGGUGAGGCAUUCAGACGCUCAGUGUUUCCUCUGACACAUUAAAAUCACUUUCUACAAAAUGAAGAAACACCUGCAUCUGAAAACAAAGACUAUCUCCACAAAAAUCUUUUCGCUAAAAACAUGGCUGCUGCCAGCUGAUUGGCUGAAAACACAAGAAAAUUCACAUCUAAUCUAAAUGAAAAUACAAUUUCAGUUCUACAUUUUCUAAUUCUCCAAUAAUAAUUCAGAGAGAUGAUGUUUCUGAAAAUAUAUUUUUGUAAACAACUUCCAAUUUACAGGUGAUCUCCUAAUUCCUGUUAAUAACCACAAAAUCAGGUAAACAAAACUAAGAGAAACCGUAAAAAAACACAUAAAAUUACACUAAAUGUUUGUGAUAAAAUGUCUUCUAAAGGUCUGACAGCGAGAGAGUGUCUAUAUUACAUCCAUAGGAGACUCCAAGACAUCACACAGUAGUGACACUGUAAUAAUACUGUAGUAUUAAAAUAGUAAUACUGUAGUAGUACUGCAGUAGUAUUACUACUGUGGUAGUACUGCAGUAGUAACACUCAGGAUUUCACCGUUCAGACUUGAUGAACACAGUUGUGACAUCCAAAAGUCUCGCCUCCUCUGCUGUGAUUGGUCAAAAGUCUUUGAGCUCAGUUUUUGAUUCCAGAGUUUAUAUUUAUAAUUGUAUUCUCUAUAUGAAGAGUAUCUAUUGUUAUCUACUGUAUUUCUAUAGAUUUCUAUUUUCAAGUUUAUAUAUAAGUAUAUAUAUUUGGUAUUUCUCUGCCCCUAACUCGUGUCUCUGUGGGCGUCUACAGAGAGCUGCAGGGAUGGUGUCAUUCUGUAGUCAGACUCUGAAGUGAGCAUCGCCCUGCUUCCCUCCACAAUGCUGACUCAUGUCAGGGUUUAGGAUUCAUAAUGCUGAGUCAUGUCAGGGUUUAGGAUUCAUAACUCUCAUAAUGCUGACUCGUGUUAGAAUGCUAGGGCUGACUCCUGCAGCUCUCUGUGGUUGCUGGUUAUAAAGGGUCUGACCUACAGGAGGCGCUCUGCUGCACGCACUCAGUUUGAAACAACGAACAGUUCCCUCAGGUUUCCACGGUAACGUCUCAUGAAUUUAAACGUCAGGUUUUGUUGAUGUUUCCACACAA